UGAAUUUUUUUUUUAUCUCAAAUAGAAAUUGAUUAAGUAUCGGCCUCAUGACAGAAACACCCUUGUCCAGCUGUAUCCAUGUCUUUCCAACCUGGCUCGUCCAGAAGCCAAGCUCCCAAUGGCAAAUGAGUCAAAUCACAAAAUUUCAGACAUGGAAAGCCAAGGUUUUCCGGUUUCCGCCUAAAGAACCCAAACAAAAAGACGGAAGAGAAUCUACAUGCUCAUCUACAGCCGUAUCUAAUCACUCUCCUUAAACUUAUCAAUAAUCACAAUUAAUCAUCCAUAAAUCCCGGAGCCCACAAAUUUCAACGUCCAUGAUUAAAUAAUUCCCUACAACACAUCACACUUUAAAACCCGUCUCCACGUUCAGAGGUUGUUUCGGCUUCGCUUUCCCAACACCGAAACCGAUAUCUCUCAAUAAUUUCUCCAUUUUCUCUCUCUCUCUUUUUUUUUCUCUAAGAAUUCAGUAAAGAAAAGUUUCGUUGAGCCUCAUUCAUCUUUCCACAAUGAACGACCUUCUAACGGAGUCAUUUGAGAUCCCUCGAGGUCAAGGAUCCCGAGGUGGAGAUAUCGAGUUAGGAGCUCAAAUGAAUUCUGGAGAACUGGGCCUUCAAAAUUUCUUUAAAAAGGUUCAAGAGAUAGAUAAACAAUAUGAGAAGCUGGAUAAGCUACUCAAAAAGCUUCAGGAUGCACAUGAGGAAUCAAAGGCUGUGACUAAGGCUCCUGCCAUGAAAUCUAUCAAGCAGAGAAUGGAGAAAGAUGUCGACGAAGUUGGAAAAGUUUCUCGUUUUAUAAAGGGGAAAAUUGAGGAAUUGGACACAGAUAAUUUAGCCAAUAGGCAGAAGCCUGGAUGCGGAAAAGGAACAGGUGUAGACCGGUCAAGGACAGCAACAACUCUUGCCGUGAAAAAGAAGUUGAAAGACAAAAUGGCUGAAUUUCAGACUCUGAGGGAAACCAUCCAUCAAGAGUAUCGGGAGGUUGUUGAGCGACGUGUUUUCACAGUGACGGGCACAAGACCAGAUGAAGAGACUAUUGAAAAAUUAAUCGAUACCGGAGAUAGUGAACAAAUAUUCCAGAAAGCAAUUCAGGAGCAGGGACGAGGCCGGAUAAUGGACACUGUGUCCGAAAUUCAUGAGCGCCAUGAAGCGGUAAGAGAUUUGGAGAGAAAGCUUCUUGAUUUACAACAGAUAUUUUUGGAUAUGGCGGUGCUGGUUGAUGCACAAGGAGACAUGCUGGACAACAUAGAAUCUCAGGUCUCGAGUGCAGUAGAUCACGUGCAGUCGGGGAAUACCGCCCUGCAAAAGGCAAAGAAGCUACAGAAGAACUCCAGGAAGUGGAUGUGCAUUGCUAUCAUCAUCCUUCUUCUAAUUGUUGUAAUCAUCGUCGUUGCAGUGAUCAAGCCCUGGAGCAGCAACAAAGGUGCCUUAGUUUGUGUCAUUAAUUUGUUAUGUACAAAAUAUGUACGAACUCGGUGAAUGAUCUUUCUCUCGGCUGUUUUUGUUAAUAAUUUGAGGUCAAACCCCCCUUUUUCUUGUGGCUUCGUUGGUUGAACACUGUUAUGAUUGAAAUUCCAAAAAUUUUACAAUAUUCUUUUGAUAGAAAAUUAUGAUAUCAUGGUCUUGGUUGAUUUUUGUAAAGAUGCGGUUUCAAUAUUCAUUGCCUUAAUGAAAAUAAACAUUGAAUUGACAGACAACGAACCGUAGUAAAGUGUUGUUUGACUCUUAUGAUCAAAAUUGAAAUCUUAACGUUUCAAAUAAAAAGAAAAAACAUUAAAUUAUGCGUGAUCAUUUUGGAUGAUUUUGUGUUAAUUUUAAGUGGGAUUUUUUUCAUAAAAACUUAAAAUAGUAGAAAUCUAACUGCCAAGAUUCAUAAGCUUACUUUGGCAGGGUAAAAUGACUGACCAAAAUGGUUAAAAAUAAUCAUCCUCUUUAACAAUAUUUCCCUCUAAUCACCAAACAAAAAAUAUUACUAAAAUAAAAAAAGUUACAAAAUCCAACUGAUAACAUGGUAAACAAAACUAUCUCAUUGACAUCCUUUCUCUAUGCAAAUUUACACUCUUUUAACGGGAAAAAAAAAAAAAAA